ACGUCCCUUUAAAAAAAGAGGCAGCCAUCCAGAUGAGAAACUCUUAGUCGGCAACAAGCCAUUAUCCCAGAACACUGGACUACGACGUAGUAGAUACAGCGCACUCUCGCUAAGACAGCUUGACCAGUUCUUUUUCACAGCAGCUACAAUGACCGUGAACUUCUCCACUGUAAUUUAAGGGGACAGCUUAAGAGAAUGUCCUCCAGACUGACGAUGCUGGUGAUUCUUCAUCCGUGUCCACUGGUGGGAACCAGUCUUCAUGCCCUGUUUCCCUCCAGACCCUCUGACUAGGGGACUGACAGACCUGCGAUGCUCUGAGAGACAGUUGGUCAGGCUAUCUGAUUCAGGAGGACUAUUUGAGGACUGUGUAGUGUCCAGGUAGCUGCCAUGCUGUGGCCUCCUUCCCCCCUGCCCUGGUCGCUGCUCCUGCAGGCCCUGCUGGUGUGUGUGAGUCUGGGGGAGCCAACCGAGGAGCCAUCUGGAAGUAGCAGCACCGCUAACACAACCAGCCCUUCUCCUGCUGCCUCUCUCCAGAACCUCUCCAUCCAGCACGGACCCUGCAGCUACACCUUCCUUCUGCCUGAACACAGGGCUGGGGCUGGGGGUCCUGUGUGCUGGCACGGGGCGUCAGGGGGGCAGGACGGGGAGAACACACUGCAGGGGGAUCCUCCCCACCAGCCUCCCAACCCCCCGAGCUCGAGGAUCCAACAUCUGGAAGACCUCAUGGAGAACUACACUCAGUGGCUCCGCAAGAUUGAACGCUACGUGAAGAACAAUCUUGGGGGGGAGAUGGCUAAAAUGCAGCAGAAUGCAGUACACACCCAAACUGCAGCCAUCUUGGAUUUGAGCACCAACCUCAUCUCCCAGACUGCUCAGCACACCAGGAAGCUGACGUAUGUAGAGACCCAGGUGUUGAAUCAGACAUCGAGGUUGGAGAUCCAGCUGUUGGAGAACUCCCUGUCCACCAAUAAGCUGGAGACUAGGCUGCUCCAGCAGUCUACUGACAUCAGACAGCUGCAUGACAAGAAUGGCAUGCUGGAACAACGGAUCCAGGAAACAAAGCUUCGCCAUGGAGACGGUUUGGAAUCCCUACUCGGUGAGAUGUCCGGUCUGCGCGUGCUCCUGGUCAGGCAGAACGCAACGAUCGCCGCGCUGCAGACCCGCCUGGAGCAAGCCAUAGGGAACAACAGCAUCCUGAUGAGCCAGCAGCAGCAGCUUACCGACACUGUCAACAACCUGCUCAUACUCUGCUCCAAGGACAGGGUGGCCUUGCCCAGCUUGAAGCAGAGAGAUGAGGAGAGGAGGUUCAGGGACUGUGCUGACGUCCACCAAGCAGGCUUCAACAGCAGUGGGGUUUACACCAUCCAUAACUCGGUACUGGACACCAGGAAGGUGUACUGUAACAUGGAGUCAUCCCGGGGCGGGUGGACGGUCAUCCAGCUCAGGUCAGAUGGGACCACAGACUUCCACCGCACCUGGAAGGAGUACAAGAUGGGUUUCGGCAGUGUGUUUGGAGAGCACUGGCUGGGUAACGAGCUGCUCUUCCUGCUGACCAGCCAGCGUCCGUACGUCCUGAGGGUGGACCUGACUGACUGGGAUGGACAGACAGCCUUCUCCCUGUACGACCGCUUUGCCGUCGCCAGCGAAAAACACAACUACAGGCUGUUUCUUAAGAGCCACAGUGGGACAGCUGGAAGACAGAGCAGCCUGGUGAUCAACGGAGCCGACUUCAGCACCAAGGACAAGGACAAUGAUAACUGCAUCUGCAAGUGUGCCCAUAUGCUGACUGGGGGUUGGUGGUUCGACGCGUGUGGGCCCUCCAACCUGAAUGGGAUGUAUCACUCUCAGGGCCAGAACACGGGCAAACUCAACGGCAUCAGGUGGCACUACUUCAAAGGCUCUAGCUACUCUCUCCGCUCCACCACCAUGAUGAUUCGGCCUCUUGACUUCUGAGACAGAGAGAGACGGAGUGCUUCAUUUGACAUGCCUGUCCAGCGCUACUUUCCUCUGGGCGAGUCAACAGCUGAUUCUAAUCCCCUAUAUCACCGCUGUAAUUUGCCGUAUACCACUCUUGUCAAUAUUAUGAGAGUUGGUAGGAUGACAUGUUUGCUGAAAGACUUGUGUCCCUUUGGAAAAGACAGUGUGUAACUUAUUUUAUCAGCCACCAUCUGAACCCCAUAGAGCCAAUAUCAGCUCUGUAUACAUGGUCCGUUUACAGUCUUUUUCAAAUGCUUACACAAUUUUUUUUUACUUGUCCUCUUUUUUUCAAAACUUAACACACAUAUCCAACAACUGCACACACACAAUGCAAAAUGCCUCGCUUCUCUUGCAAAAUGAAGCACUGCAUUCAAAAUAUCACAAACACGUCUCAAAAGCACACAUUUGUCUCAUGUUGCGAACACUAUUGCCAUUAUAUUAAAUUUUUGGAUACAUCAUAUACACACAGUUAUUCAAAACCUAAAGCUCUUCUUUCAUGAGCUCCUUUGUACAUUUCUGUACAAGAUUGGCAGAGAUGAUGACAAAUUCAGGGUAAACACGAAAACAAAAUUUAAACCAAACUUUUUUUUUACUAAAAGCAUUUGUGGUUGUGAAUACAGUAUUACACCGAACAAAUGAAAGAGUGUAGUAGGACAGAAACCAAACUUCAGUAAUUUUGAAAAAGGUGUUUACGGAAUGGUGUCUGUGUGUGUGUGUCAUGAACUGUAGCAUACAGUAAUGUAUACUAUGUUCUACAAUAUUGUCAGAAUGUGUUCUUACAGUCACUGUAUUGUUACACGGUAUGAUACAGUAAUCCACCAGACUGUGACCAAUAAUGCAGUGCAUUGCAGUCAAUGGAUGCAUGGGUGCUACGUAAAAUAUACGUUUGUUUGUAGUAUAUGUUGUGUUGUGCUGAAACAGCUAUUACAGUAUGUGUACAUUAGAACAUGUGUAUAUUACUGUAUAUUGUUACAUACCUGUACACUUUUUACAGUAAAGGUUCAAAUUAUACCCACCACUGUAAAUCAACUCAAAUUAGGCUAUUGUAUAGGCCUAUUCUAAAGCCAUGAUUGGUUGGUGUUGAGUAAAGCAAUGAGUGUUUGCACAUGUGAGUUGGUGUAAGGCACUGAUGAAAUUGUGUGUCAUUUUGAUUGGUUGUGUUUUACAGUUUUUCGCAAUUGCUUAAACACAUUUCUUGAAACAGUCAACCAUUUUCUCAAAACUGUAAACACAAAACCAAAUAUCCAAACUCCAUCUCCAAAAUCUCUGACUCUUCUGGCAAAAUCAAACACUCGCUCCUAAACCAUGUAACCUGUGCUCAAAAUCAAACUAUGCUUUCAGAUCAUAAACACUACCAAUCAAUAUAUAAACACUAUCGAGCAAGCAUUAGACACAACACAAAAAAAUGGAGAACACAGUAUCCGGCCAUGUAGUUACAUGUAAAGAAGAAUUUAUUUACUAUGUAGCAAUAAA